CUACUUUGUUAAACGAUACAAGGUUGGGAAACAUAGUAUUAGAUCGCCGGAUAUUUUAUGAAAUACUUAUCUGACAUUGCGAUAUGUUAUUAUUAUAACUGCUAUUUAUUGUUACUGAGGUGCGUGAUAUUUUUAGCAUUCAUCGUUACAGAAAUUUCAGACAAGAGUAUGACGGGAAUUUCCUAAUUUUCUGGGAAAUUCAUAACUUCAAUAAUAAUGGUAGAUAAAUUUUAAUCAAAAGAUAUUCUAAUAUAGUCUUGCCACAGCCUCACAAGAGAAAAGAUUCAAUAAAAGAUUUAAUAAAAUCCUUUGUGGAAUAUUAAAAUCAUAUAAAAAAAAUAUGAAACCUUGGCAGGGAUUCCGUUUAUUUUCGGUACCAAUUUUAUGGUUUGUAUUUUCAGUUGUUUUAUGCGUAAGACUUUCAAAUCAAGAAGAUUAUAAUAAUAACUGGAGAUUUAUUCUCUUGGCUGUUUUUUGGUUUUUGGUUACAUUCGCAAUACAGAUAUAUAUCGCCUUCAAGUCUGCGGAAAAAUACAAUUCGAAGCCGUACAAAUGGACAUGGAUAAAUGUCCCAGCUUUAUCCUUCAUCAUCUGUAUGAUUGGUCCGUACUGUUUUGCUUUGCAUAAAAUGACAACUGCUGACAUCAAAAAGAAUGAAUAUGUUCCUGAUUUGGAUUUCGCUAUUCUACAAACCUUAACGCCAUUACUGGUGAUGACCAAUCUAAUUUAUCCUCUACCAAUACGUAAAAAAAACAAGGCUGCUGGUACAGCCAGUGUUAUGAUUGGUUUGUUGAAUGCGUUUGAUAUCUCAAACGUAAUUACAGAUUACAAAUAUAUUCAACACUACAAUACUGCGUCUAAAGAUUGGUUUUUUGUCUCUGUUGUAAUAUCAGUCAUAUUACUCGCUUUUCCAAUUGGUUUGGAUAACGAAGGCAAUGAUGACUUCGAAAAUGGAAGAAUUGUAAAAUCUGCAGUUUCUUUAAUCUUUACGGAUGUUUCAUUUUUUGUUUUGAGAUGCAUCGUGAUGCACAAAGAAAAGUCGUUAAUAAUGGGUUUAAUUUUUUCAUACAAAAAUGUAAUUUUUACGUUUAUAAGUAUUUAUUUCAUACUUAAAAAUUGCUGUUGCUCAGAUGAUUCUAAGAAUGUUAUGGACGACCAUUGUCUAAAUGAGUGGUCAGAAAGUGAUUCUAACUGAUGUGCGAGAAUAUGAAGAAAAUUGUCAUUCCUCUACUAUUAUAUGAGAUAUAUUUUACAUCAUGAACCGGAAAGGAGCUUUGCAUCAAGUCGUUUCAUACAGUAUGGUCAAAAUCGAUACAAAAGCCAAAUUUCAAUUGUUGGUGUGCAUUUAGUAUUUAAACCAAACGAAGUAGUGUGAUGGGUUUGUUCACCCUCUCGUCGCGGCGUAAAUAUUUUGUUACCUCUUUAAUAAUAGUCGUAUCCCGUCUAUAUGUUUGUGCGCAAAAAAAGUGAUGUCAUGGAAACACGAAACACGGUAUAUAUAUAAAGGACGGGCGAAUCUGUGGAUUUAUCCACGGGCCACUGACUAGUCUAUAUUAAAAUACUUGUCACGCAAAAUGGUACAGUAAGUAGCGAGACGCACGUAAGGCGGUGUAAGAAGGAAAUUUAUGUUAGAGCUUGGCUUUAUUCUCAACUUGUAUUUUCUUUCUCCCCUUACACACACCAUGUUCUAAUUAUUUCUAUCAAGAGUUUAGUCUGAAUUUAAUUUUCUCCUUUAUUACAUAUGCAAGAACAUGUAAGUGAUGCAGCUGAAAACGCAGCUAAUUAUUUUUUUUUCAUUACUAUCUAGAUCGGUAUUUAUUUAUUUAUUUUUACUUACUUACUUACUUCUUUUGUUUUUGUUUUAUAUGUGUAAAUUUCAAACCGACCGCGGUUUCUUGAUAAUUUUCAAAUUACCACGUGGUAGCUUCUCGUUUCUACUUUGAAUUUAUUUUAGAGAAAAUUUCUUGCAUUAACUCCGGAAAGCUAAAAAAAUCAAGUUAAAGCUCUAAUGAGCGUUUUUGUUAAUAUGAAAUAUGCAAUGCAAUGUAUUUAACGAUUUUUUUAAAUUUGCCAAGAAUUUUUUUGAAGACUUCUUUGUUGUAUCUGUAUUCUUCGAUUAAAUGAGAUAUAUUUUCUGUUUUUCAGGA